AUUUAAGUGUUUAAAUAUUCAUCAUAUAAACACAGAUUUUUGAAAGUAAUUACUCUUGACCUGGCUCCUGUGUUUUUCUUUUUUUUCAUAAAACUGUUAACAUGAAGGAGAUUUUUACAAAAUAAUGUGGUUCUGUUUGACACUUUACAUAUGUUCAUAAUGCAGUUCCAUCUCAGUUUCAAGACAAGUUUGUUUGGGAAAACCUUAGCUAUUUUCGAGAAAUUGGUUUCUACUUAUUUUUACGGUCUGAAUUGAUGACAUAUUCUUCUUGUUUGCUUUCAAGCUGGAACAGUAGAUCUGGAGAUGAUAUGAAGCCUACCUCAAGCCUGUAAGCCAUGAGAUCAUGAGGUUAGACCUGCAAAAGUUGAAAUAUAUUGCACUCUAGAUAGCUUUUAAGUUUUUAAUAGGAGUUCAAGUAUCUCGGGGUCUUGUUCACGAGUGAGGGAAAGAUGGAGAGUGAGAUCAGCAGGCGGAUUGGUGCUGUGUCUGCAGUGAUGUGGGUGUUGUACCGAUCUGUUGCGGUGAAGAGAGAGCUGACCCGGAAAGCAAAGCUACUGGGGCUAUGGGGCUCAGGAGUAGAUCCGUUGCUCCUCCAUGUCGAGAGGAGCCCAUUGAGUUGGCUUGGGCAACUGGUCAGGACGCUUCCUGGAUGCCUCCCUGUUGAGGUUUUCUGGGCACGUCCAACUGGAAGGAGACCCAAGGGAAGAUCCAGGACACGUUGGAGGGACUAUGUUUCCCGGCUGGCCAGGGAACGCCUUGGGAUUCACCCGGAAGAGCUGGCUCAAGUAGUUGGGGUGAUGGAAGUUUGGGCGUCCCGACAUAGGCUGCUGCCCCUGCGACCCGUCUCCAGAUAAGCUGCUGAAAAUGGAUGAAUGGAUAGUCACCAGCCUACUUGGGGCUAAGAUAUGAAUCAUGUCAUUAGAUGCGGUAUUUAGUUCAUCCUGGUGCCUUUCUUUAACUUAUUCAUAUUGAGAAUAUUGAUGGUUAGAGCAGAGGUGGACCAGAUCUCUUUGGCUCUGAAUACAACAAGAGUUAGUUGGUGAUGCAUUUCUAAGGGUUGUGACAUCAUACCAAAGUGCUAACAACCAGCUAGUCUAACAACUGCUUUAAGCCUGGACCACACUGCAUUUUUUGGCUGUCCUAGACAAAUAUCUUGUCGUGAAUGGAAUUGUGACAAAAAACGGUGAACACAAGUCUCUGAUGAUUUGCAAAUCUGUGGUUGUCCAGUGGGCCCGGCUCUGUGACAGCUUAAUGAGCACCUUCACGACUAAAAUCAGCAUCCAACAGUCUUCAAGCACUGCUUAAAAACCUACGACUCCCAUCUGCAAUCGACUAAUGAAAAUACACCCAGGGAAUGAUGCGAGCAACUAGUGAUGAGAGUACAAUAGGAGAGAGUUAGCAACAUUAGCAACUUUGGAAGCUACCCGCAGGAACAAGUGGACCACUGCUUUUUGAAGUUCGGGUUCCGAGUCUAAUAAAAUAAGUGUUAUUUGGCAGCGCUGAUUUCUCUUUUCAGCAUUGUUGUUUAGGUUAGAUGUUGGCUAUUAGUGACACAUGCUUUUUGGGAGGUGUCGUCAUGGUGUAGCAUGUCCUGCUAGAGCGAGACACCAUGCAGUCUGGCUUGCUGAAAUCUUGGACUGUGGCUAAAGGGUCACCUUUCUGUAGACCUCACAGUGUGACAUGAGCAGUCCUGUGUGACAGCUGAAAAACGCUCAGUGUGGUCUGGGCUUUACAGCCCUUACAUCCCCAAGUGCUAAUGAAAUCCUUUUUUCAAGUUAACAUUGAGAAAAAGACCUAAAAAAAAACAAUGGCAGUUAUAAAAGAAAAAUCAAUUUCUAUGUCACUUCGAAGAAAAUCCAGAGGGUAUGAGAUCAGACCAUCUCUAUAUCAGUUGGUAACACUGACGUGAGAGAGGUUAGGUUUUCAAUCUAGGCACAUUUAAUCACAUCCUAACUCCUGUGAUGUGUGAAAAGUGGGAGAAGUGUUAAAUUAGACCCUUUGGAAACAGCACAGGCAAUAUAAUUACCAGCAAGUUUGUUGCUUUAUAGAAAGCAUGGCUACAACCAUUUUUUAUCACCUAAAGUGAUGUUUGGGGCUAUUUAUGUGAUCUAUUAUGAGUAUGCUGCUUCCCUAUACGUCAACCGAAACCCCUUCUUCCUUACAAUUAAGUAGCUUCAGACCAGCCUUUAGGUUUAACGUUUUUUUCUGAAGUUCUCUAACUACGAAAUCGUUAAUCACCACUGCAAAUCUAUAAAUUCAUUUCAUGGUAGCACCAGAAAUUAUGAAAGUGUGUUGCUGUCACAAGGAAAUAAAGGAGCAGUAUCUUAUUAAAACACAAAACUUUCUGGUUAAUUUACUGCUCCUUUUUUAUUUCCUUGCUAUGAUAGCAAAAUGCUUCUGUAAAAAAAAAAGCACUGCUGUUUGAUUUGACGUUUACAAAACAUUGAGUUGUGGUGGACCUCUGGGAUGAUAUAUCUGCCUCCUGCUGUUCUGCAUUUACAUGCUUCCUUUUGGCUAGUAUAUUUUGAAACACAAAAGACCUUGGAGGCAGAUGGCUCAGACCAUUUAUUUACAUAAAAAAACACUUUGCUGUUUUUAAAAAGGCCAAAUUGUCCCCUUUACAGGUGCUUCUUUGUACUUUUAGAGCAAUUCAUCCAGUAAAAGCUAAAUAUAAAACAGUUUAUUUGGACAUGUAAUAAGUCAGAGAUUUGGAGAUUUAUUAGAUACAUCUUAAAAACACCAUUCACGGAUUUAACAUUCACUGCAUCAGCUGACCUCAGCACCCUUGGUUCAAAUUUGGUUUCUGCUGGGCUUUUGUAACUUAUUUUGGUAGGUGUUCCUUCUGUGUUCCUUCUACAGUCUUUAUUUUGAUCAGAUUUAUCUUCCAAAAGGGAGAAAGUAAGACCGAAAACACAAUAAGAUUUGCACAGCGGAUGAGGAGUAUUCAGGAAUGUUGGCACGAAAAAAGAAAGUACCCAUUCAAGCAUGAAAGUGGAAAAAGGUAAGAGAGAGAGAGAGUGCAAGAGAAAAUGACGGGCUCAACACAGAAGAAACUCUGUUUCUGCGGUGCAAGUAUGUGACAUCAAAGAAAUAUCACAGCAAGUUUCCAUAGCAACACCCUUCAGUAGUAUAGAUGGCAGCACAGUAGUAGAGACAUAGUGUUGGCAGACAAAUGGUAUGAACGGUCUAAUAACCGAGUGCUGGAUGAUGACUGAUGGCCCAAUUUACCUCCGCCGUCAUCUGGAGGUCGAGAGCAGAGUUCACCAAAACCCUGAGGUUGGCUGGGGGAAUAUUGUUCUGUACAUAUUUUCUCGAAAAGACAUUGAGGUGGCCUUGGCAGUUUUUAUUUAAUUGUAUGCAUAGUUAGAAACCUUUUUAAUUUCUUAAAAUAAUAAUAAUUUUUUUUUAUGUCAAGUACAAUACUUUGGGUUGUAUGAGCAACAGUGCUCUAUAAAUAAAGCUGACAUUGACCUUGAAACACCAAAGGGGCAGUUUUAAGGGGAUCUGCAGAAAUCAAAUGAAGUCAUCUUCAGUGCCAAAUGAUCCAUAAUUGUUCAUAAAUUGUUAAAAACCAAUCUAGUAGUUGACUAGGUAACAUAAAUGAAUGAUUAAACUGUCAUUGGACUCAACCAACAAGUCACAAUUUUUGAAACUUUUCAUUUAAACGGUUAAAAUCUGAAAAGGUUAGGAAUCACAGAAGCUAGCGCAUUGCCUGUCUACAAACUGCUACAAAUGACAAAAAUUGAAUUUUGUAGACAGAUGGGACCAAAAUCAAAUAAUUUAGUGUAAACGAGAAAGAAAAGCACCUCAUUUUGAAAUCUAAAUUGGAUAUCUUUUGUGAAACACGGUGUUGGUAGUACCAUAGUUUGGUAUCAUUCAAGCCAGGCAGAAUGAUGACGUCCGAUUCCUAUUAGGUCAAAACAAAGGCAGCUGUUCUUGUAUCUUCUUUCUUAUGUAAAUUUUUUUCUAAAUGUUUCAAUCAUUCUAUCAUUACAUUAAGAUUUUAAAAAGUCACUAUAAUUUGUGAAACUUUAACCAGCCUUGACUUCUGAAAUAUAAAAGUGAAUUUAUCACUCUUUUAUACCUUCUCAGCAGCCUAGUACAGCAUCCACCCUGGGACUGGGAGUGUGGGGUUCAAAUCCCGGUCGGCUUAUACCAAAGGCUUUAAAAAUAGGACCCAUUGCCUCCCCGCUUGACACUCAGCUUUAAGGGGUUGGAUUGGGAGGUUAAACCACCAAAUCGUUCCUGAGCGCAGCCACAAGUGCAGCUAACCGCUCCCCACAGGGACGAGUCAAAUACAGAGUGUAAUUUCACCAGCGUAACAAAUAUUUUUUUUAUUUGUUGAAUUCCACUAUUUCGUUGGAAAGAAACUAUGUCGGUUUAUGUUCUAUCAGUUUCAUUGAAAGUCAACUUUCUCAGUGACAAUGUAAGACCAACAUUAUCUAGAGGGGAGGAGAAAAAGGAAUAUGGACCAGGCAAUGCGGGUGAAUAGUUACGGCCCCCCCGGAUGCCUUUUGCUCUCUCAUUUUGGGUACCAGAAUCUUAAGGAGCCCCAAGCCACUUUCUUGGCCUUAUAUAGUGCGUUUGAAAAUUUCUUGGCAGUUGAUAGGAGGGACCAGAGCCAGCAGCAUAAGGAGCGCAUCCUGGUCCGGGCCAGAGGCUGUGCAGACGUGCACACACAUACGCAGAAUCAGGUUCAGUAGCUCUCUGGCACGCGUUUGGGAUCACUGCUGUUGUUUUGGAGUGAGAAAAGGGGGGGAGGCAGGGGAGGAGGGAAGUGUUUGCAUUUGGUACUCCCUCUUCUUGUCUUACUAGAAGGGGUGUGAAGGCAGAAGCAGAAAGAAGGCAGGAAGGAAAAGCAAGAGGAGUGUGAGAAAAAGUCGCACCGGUUGCAGGUCACCACAUCAUGUCAGACAGCCACCAACAGUGAGCCGCUUCCCACUCCUCAGCUGCCAUUAAAGCAUGUAGACACGCCGGGAUCUACAAGAUCCUGCAAGAGUGUGGAGACGAGGCGAAAGCAGUCAGGGAGUCCGAGUGUGGUUCAGGCCAUGGAGGAGAACUAUGAGGUGGACCUGGUCUACAUCACAGAGAGGAUCAUCUCUCUCUCGUUCCCCGCUGGAGCAGAGGAGCGCAGCUACAUCAACAACCUCAAGGAGGUGGCAACAAUGCUGCAGUCGAAGCACAGCGAACACUAUCUAGUUCUCAACCUAAGUGAGCGGAGGAAUGAUUUAUCCAAGCUGAACCCUAAGGUUCUGGAGUUUGGCUGGCCGGAUCAUCAUGCUCCAGCGCUGGACAAGAUCUGCAGCAUGUGCAAAGCCAUCGACACAUGGCUCAGCGGGGACCAACGUAAUGUGGUGUUACUGCACAACAAGGGGAACCGAGGUCGAACAGGCGUGGUGGUGGCAGCAUACAUGCACUACAGCAACAUAUCUGCAAGUGCUGACCAAGCAUUGGACAGGUUCGCCAUGAGGCGUUUUUACGAGGACAAAGCACUUCCUGCGGGCCAGCCGUCGCAGAAAAGAUAUGUGCAGUACUUUAAUGGCCUCCUGUCUGGGCACAUAAAGAUCAACAACAAGCCUCUCUUCCUGCAUCAUGUCAUCAUGCAUGGCAUUCCCAACUUUGAAUCCAAAGGAGGCUGCCGUCCCUUCCUGAAGAUCUACCAGGCAAUGCAACCGGUCUAUACAUCAGGAAUAUAUAAUGUGCAAGGAGACAGCAACACCAGUAUCUGCAUCACUAUUGAACCUGGGCUGCUUCUGAAAGGAGACAUUUUGUUGAAAUGUUACCACAAGAGGCACAGGAACCCUACCAGAGACAUGGUGUUCAGAGUGCAGUUUCACACUUGUGCCAUCCAUGACCUCGGGGUUGUUUUUGGGAAGAACGAGCUUGAUGAGACCUUCAAAGAUGAGCGAUUUCCAGAGUAUGGGAAGGUUGAGUUUGUUUUCUCCUAUGGACCAGAAAAAAUCAAAGGUCUUGGUCACCUGGAAAAUGGUCCGAGUGUUUCCGUGGACUACAACACCCAGGACCCUCUGAUCCGCUGGGACUCAUAUGAAAACUUCAACCACAACUGUGAGGACACACUGGACAUCGAGCACGAUGUUGGUCACACCCAAGGUCCACUUGAUGGAAGUCUAUACGCCAGAGUUUGCAAAAAAGACUCUUUGGAAGGAGUUGUUACCAUCAAUGGUCUCCCAGUCUGUGAAAACCCCUUAAAGAAUGCAGAAAACUCAUUGCAGCAGACCAACCAUCCACUACAAACAACUGAACAGGCUCUUCCUGUGACAGGACACACCUCCCUACCUGCUGUAGACCAUACCCUAUCUGUGAGCAGUGACUCAGGCAACUCUACCGCAUCUAUCAAAACUGAUCGUACCGAUGAGCACAGCCAGUCCUUGCAGAUAGCUGCAAGCCACAACAACCCAACAACAACCCACCCACCACUCAGUCCUCAAGAGAAAAGAGAGCUUGACCAGCUUCUGAGUGGUCUUGAGGCCCCAACUCAACGACAGGCCUAUUUAUCCACAUCAACCAGUCCAGGAGGAGGGGUUCGACACCUGGUCCCGGCACAGGUUCACGUCAACGGAGGCCAUACUAGGCUGCUUGGGGCACCUUCAACAGAGGAAAGAGAGACAGAUAUUCUUGAUGAAGAGUUGCCAAAUAGUCAAGAGGGCAACAGUGUGGAUAGUUUAGGGACCCUCUCAUCCCUAGAGGGUCAAGCAACACCCGCUAGCCUCUGUUAUCAAUCACAGACACCUGUCAGUGUCCAGAACGACGGUCCAUACCUUGAGAGAAGUGUUCUUGGGGAAAAGCUCAACGAAAUGCCUGUCCAUGGAGUACAAACUCCUAUAGCGAUGCAAGAGGGGUCUGUAGACUCACCAUCACCCCAGGGGGAAUACAGCAAUUACCAAAAUGGAGGAGGGAUCUAUCGUUCACACUCCUUUGGGAAUCAGCCACCCAGUAGCCCUGAGACCAACUCUAAAAUUAUGCCAAGAGCCCCUGAGAGGAGCACCAGUAGCCGAGAGGCUGUUCAAAGGGGUCUCAACCACUGGCACCAGCAUAGUCUUCCAGAUGAUCCAUUUGGGCCUCCUCUUCAGUCAACCCACAGCUUGCCCCACUUUCCAACCCCUGCCUCUCAACGAGACAUUGAACAGUCCAUUGAGGCACUCAACAUGCUAAUGCUUGAUUUGGAUCCAAUCAAUUCCCAAAUGUCUAAGUCUAACAGUGCACCAACUGGGGAAAACAACUUCAAUUCAACCCACCCCCCUUUUUCCCAGACCCUGGUCAGGCCUUCCUACCAAGGGGACUCUGCCAUCCAUGGCUACAGCAAUUCUGGAUCAGUAAACAACACAUAUCAUCAGGCCUCGCGAUCACCUGGGAGGGUGCCACACCACAGUCCAGUUACAGAUUCCCCAACCUACCCUUCCCAGAGGUCCAACGCUGGCUACCAACACCAGAACACCACCCCAACACACACCCCUGAGCCAUACCUUCAAACUCGCCAAUCACCCCACCACUACCCCAGUGAUUCUUCUAACCUCAACCCACAAAAACCGGUGAACUUGUAUGCAGGCAGCAGUGUUUCACACUCCCCAGACCUGCAGAGAUCAUCUCCAUAUCCAGUUUACAGCACCUCUUCUUCUCCACUUCCCGUUCUUACCCCACAACCCAAGGAUACAUCUUCUUCGCCCUUACCCAGAGAGCAAGACCCAGAGGAGGAGACGCUAAACCUGGAAGGCCUAGUUGCUCACCGUAUUGCCGAGUACAACGCUCGUAUUCGAGGCAUCAGUGAAAGCAUGACACCACAACAAUCUGACCGCCAUCGCUCCUAUUCCUUCUCUGGAGUUCGCUCCAGAGGAAUGAGCCCAGAGGUAACGCAGGAAAUGGGAAGACGCCGGACCACAAGCGAGGGUCAGUACCAGAGCAGCCAUGACAGCAUGUCAGCGACGCAUUCGCCGGACUUCACCAACAACCUGUUGCUCAAUCCAGGAGGGAGACCCAGAGAGGGUCUGAUGCACAGCUACCGAGAGGCAUUCGAGGACGGUGAAGUCGCACGGCUCGCUAACAGCCCCACCUAUGGAGGCAGCGCCCGUUCUACUCCGGGUUUGACAAAGACGCCUCUGUCUGCUUUGGGACUAAAGCCCCAUCAGCAGGGUGGAUCAGAGUCUGAUUGUAAAAAGGGAGAACAAGAUAAUCGGAGUGUUGUGGACUCAAGGGCACAGCCGUUCAACUCUGCUCUCUCCUCAAGCAGUCCCAUCCACAACACUGAUGGAAGAAGAACUGGUUCCUCAGAUGUCGUCCAGCACAGACCCGGCUCUCCCGAAGGCUCCCAGGUCGACAUCAUGGGUGUCCACACUAUACCUGGCAGCCCAAACACCCUUCACCGCACAGUGGCCACCAACACACCGCCCAGCCCCGCCCUCCAGAGACGCUUAGGUCAAGGCAGCCCCUCCCUAGCAAGACAACCCCCUCCAAGCGGCGUCCCCUUAAGCCCUCUAAUAGGUCGAAACCCCAAAACGGCAGUGGCUGGUGUCCCUCCAAGCCCGCUAAUGGGACGACGAGCAGCAUCGAGUGGUCAAAGUACACCAGAUGAGCUGGGUGCUGCCUCCCGCCAAGGGAGUACCCAACCACCUCCCACGCCUGCCUUCCCUGUCUCCCCACAGCUGCCUGAGAAGAGACACAUGUCCAGCGGAGACACAGAAAGAACAGACAACAAGAACCUGACCCCAAUCAGCGGUGGCAGCACGCCAAACCUAUCUGGCACACAUCCGCUCCCAGACAUCUCCAAGUCCAUAUACGAUGGGUAUCCGGACAUUAAGAUGAAUGUAAAGUUUGUCCAAGAUACAUCCAAGUUCUGGUACAAGCCAGACAUUUCCAGAGAGCAAGCCAUUAAUCUGUUGAAGGACAGGGAACCCGGGGCGUUCAUUAUCAGGGACAGCCAUUCUUUCCGUGGAGCCUACGGUCUGGCUAUGAAGGUGGCCUGCCCUCCACCGACCAUUCAACAGAACAAAAAAGUUGGUGACAUGACCAACGAGCUGGUGAGGCACUUCUUGAUUGAGACGAGCUCCAAAGGCGUCCGGCUGAAGGGUUGUCCCAAUGAGCCCUAUUUUGGGUGUCUCUCAGCAUUGGUCUACCAACACUCAAUGACUCCACUCGCGCUACCCUGCAAGUUGAUGAUCCCCACCAAAGACCCAAAUGAAGAGGCACUAGAACUUGCAACACCUACUGACACUGUGGUUGAGCUUCUCAAGCAGGGAGCAGUACAAAAGAUCCCAGAAGAUGCUCAUGCCUGCAAUGUUCUCUACAUCAACUCUGUGGACAUGGAAUCUCUCACGGGGCCUCAGGCUGUCGCAAAGGCAAUUAGUGAGACGUUGGCAACCAACCCUCUUCCAGAUGCCACCACCGUCCACUUUAAAGUGUCCACGCAGGGCAUCACGCUCACCGACAGCCAGAGGAAGAUUUUCUUCAGACGGCACUAUCCCAUCAACACAGUAACUUACUGUGAAGUCGACCCCCAGAACAGAAAAUGGGGCAAAGAAGGAGGUGGCUCAGUGAAGCUUUUUGGGUUUGUCGCAAGGAAACAAGGAAGCACAACAGACAAUGUCAGCCAUCUGUUUGCAGAGCUGGACCCAGAUCAACCUGCUUCAGCCAUCGUCAGCUUUGUCUCCAAAAUGAUGAAGCGGUGAAACUUCACGCUGCAACUGGCCAUCGUUUUUUCUUUUGCAAAAACAUGAUGAUGCCCUUUUCUUCUGUCCUCUUGGUUCGUUUCAUCCCCUCUCCUUUUUCCGCCUUGCUAGUUUGUCUUUCUUGGAGUGAAAGCUUCAGCUUGGGUGCAGAGAAGAAGUGUUUGAGGACGUGUUGUGUGGAGUUGUGCACGUGACAAACGUUAGAGGAUAUCGUGGAGAGAUUUAAUCACAGGGAGCAUCUUGAUAAAGAUUAAAGGAACAAUGCAAAGUUCAGUCAGGGAACAUGAGAGGAUGUUUCGGGGUUUUCUGAAGAAUCUGUUGCUUUACCAAAGGUAGCUGCAAUAGUGCAAGAAUGAUGUAGCUAUUAAGCCAUUAUAAUUUACUCUUUUUAAAAGAUGAAGUAUUGAACAAAAAAAAUCUGGUUUCUUCUUGAACUUGUCUUCAGGAAAAAAAAACAUAAGAGUAAAAAAAAAGUUGGCCUCAACGGCCUAUAGCAAAAGAAAAUGUCUGAAGACAUUAUGCAUGUUACCUUGAUCUUUAAGCUCGGUUCUUCUACUUUCCACAUUAAAGUCACUAUGAAAUCCUUAGAGGUCAUUUUAUGGGUCUGCUAUGUGUUGGAAAGGGCUCUGCAGUGAAACAACAACUGAUCUAAACUGUGCAUAGCAGACCUUACUCAAAAAAAACAACAAAAAAGACACAAAAAACUAACUCUGAGGUCACUUUUUGUCUGUGCAAUCACCCUCCAGUCUUCUGGAUGAACUCCUGAAAUCGCCAUGCUUUCCUUUGGUGCAACAAAGACACUUUGUCCACCAGAUGGCACCACACGUUCAGGCUUGCACAUCCAAGUGGACUCUUUCUCCCUCAUCAUCAUCCUGCUUGCAGUAGUUGAUCUGUGGAUAGACGCUGCCACUGAAACACACUGGAAAGUACCAGGAACUGGCCCGUUGACCUGGACCUAUGCACUGUUCUUUAUGCAUGUUAAUGUCCCAAAAAUCCCCCCCCCCCCCCCCCCCCCAACUGCUACACUCAACAUCACUGAAAACAUACUGUGUGCAUUAAGAAAAAAAAUAACAGCCUUUAAACAUUGAGGUUGGAUGACUUGUCAAAGACUGCAUGAAAUAGGCAUUUUUGUACUCUUAGAGCUCUAAAGGUAAAAAAAAAAUUGACAACCCAUUGUUUGAGUGAUGGCCAGGUUUUAACUUUUCGUUUUACUCAAAGAAAAGAGAAAACAACCCAAAAAAGCACCUGUUGAAUUAACUCAAAAGAAAUGAUUUUAGUUUUGAUAAGCGCCUCGUGAUUUUUAUCUUGAGAGGCGCUAUAGAAAUGAUAUCUUCUUCUUCUUCUUCUUCUUCUUCUUCUUCUUCUUCUUCUUCAUUUUGAUAUCCACCUAGCUAUUUGGUUGGACCUAUUAAACUAAUAAAUUCAAUGGUAAAACUAGAGAAUGAAAUCAAUUAAACAAUGUUUCUGUUAAUAAUAGCAAGUCUAGUCUAGUUGAGCAGAGGAAAUGAUGGUGCAGGAGCAUAACACAUUUCUGUUAAGUAAAUUCAACAGGUGCUUAAAGUAAUUAUUUUUCUUUCAUACCAAAAUUAAUAUUUUGGUUUCUCAGAUUUCAUUCAUUGAGUGUUCAGAUUUCAUUUAACUACAUUUCGGGAUUUAAAAAAACAAACAAACAAAAAAAACACACAGUACACAAUGCCUGCUCGUUAAAUACACACUCCGCCAUUCACAAUAAGCUAAGGAAAAUUAAUAUUGAUAUAAAUGUACAUAGAUAUACUAAUUUGAAAGGUGACAUAGCGAAAAAGUAUUUAUUUUUGUUGCUUUGGUCCCUCAUGAUUACUCAUAUAUACAUAUAUUGUACAGUCUAGAUAACGAAAAUUGGUUGAAAAAAAAACUUAUUUUGGCUAAUGAUUUCAAAGUUUGAGGACUUUGAAAUGUGUUUGAAUAUAUGGUGUACAUUACUUUGUACAUGUUUGUUUUCAGCUCAUCUUGUUUUUCCCAUUUUUGCUUUCUCUCUGAAUAAGGAGAAUGGACAAGUCUUGAGUUGCAUGGACAGAUGCAUCUGACUGCAGCUAAAAUGCUAGAAUUAGAAGCAAAGAGGAACUAAAAGGCAAUAUGUGAACAGCUGUUUUCACCCAUGAUGGUUUAUAAUUAUAAUUUUUGCCAAAGAUUCACUCGUAGCAUGUUUUUUUUCUUUAUUAUUUAAUUUACACCAUUUUCUCAGCUAAAGUAGCAUUUUUUAAAGGGUUGGAUAAAUGUUACAGGAUAUGAAGUUUACUCAUUUUUGGGGGGAUUUGUUUGUGCUCCUAAAAAUGUGAAACUAGACAAAGGCACUUCACAAAAACAAGGAGUGCCAUUCAUUUGAUUUCCUGUGCGAUGCUAACGCUCAGACUGCCAAAGGUGUCUUCUUCUACGAGAGUCAGCGAUUUAUUUAUUCUUAUUUAUUCUUUUUUUUCCCAGACUUUUUUGUAACCUUGUUUUAUUUACAUUUUCGCUGUCAGUGUUUCUGAUGAAUGUAUGGUGGCGCUUUUUUGGAAGCAAUGAGGUACAGAGGAUUUUAUUUGACUACUAACAAGGUUCACAUCAUUUGUGCUCAUUUGGAGAGAAAAACAUCACAAAUGAUACAUGGAAGUGCAUCGUACUUGUUGGCUUCAAGUCAAAAGUUACCUUGUGCUGGUUAGAAAAAAUAAAACUAUUAAAUAAAAGGUUCUGCAACCUCUUGUACAAGUGGUAUUUGAAUGUUGUGUGAAUGGCUAUCAAGGCUGUACAAAAAGAGUCUCGGAUUUUUGCGUAUCAUUUACGUUACAUUGUCAUGGCUUACCUGUUCCUAAAGAGAAAAAACCAAUAAAGCAAUACAGAUCAGUUACAUAAA